AUGGAAAAAAUACAAAAAGGAUAUUCAUUUAUUGCUAGUAUUGGAAUAAUUAUUAAUUACAGUAUUGGUGUAGGUGUCUUUGGAUUACCAUUUUCAUUUUAUUCUGGAGGAUUACCAUUAUCAAUGAUAUUAACAAGUGUGAUGUUAUUAUUAACACUAAUUACAUCUAUGUAUACCAUUGAAGCAAUGACAAGAACAUGUAAAAGAAAAACAAAUAGUGAUGAAUUAGAUCAAGAAAUUUAUGACUUUACUUUAAUAUCAGGAAUGUGGCAUUCCAAACAAGGAAAAAUAUUAACAAGUAUUUUAAUUAUUGUUGUUAAUUAUUGUUAUCUUUGGGGAUAUGUUGCUACUGGAAGUAAUACAUUAAUGACAAUGUAUUGGUUAUUUAAAAAUCAACCACAAAUGUGUGAUACUCAAACAUGGAAUUCACAAUGUAAUUUAUCAUAUUACAUUUGUGUUGCUGUAUUUAUGAUUCUUACUGUUCCUUUAGCUUAUGUUAAUUUAUCUCAACAAGGAUUUCUUCAAUUGUUUAUGGCAUUUUAUAGAAUAAUUAUGUUUAGUAUUUUAUUAAUUACUAUAACAAUACAAUUAUUCCAUGGUCCAGUACAACUUGGUAAUCAUAAAAUAGACACAGCAUGGACAAAUGAAUGGAAAUGGGGAAAUUUUGGUAUUUUAUUUACUCAUAUCUCUGUUGCAUUCAGUCUUCAAUCAUGUUUACCUGAUGCAUUACAACCAGUUGGAAAUAAAAAACAAGUUGGUUUAGUUACAAUUAUUGGGUCAUUAAUUUCAGGGAUAAUUUAUAUUUUGGUUGGUGCUUUAUGUGCUUCAGUAUUUACUGCAUCUUCAACAAAUCCAGUAACAAUUAAUUAUGAGUAUUAUACUGGUAGAAGUGGUGGGUUUGGUAUUGGAAAUCCAACAAUCAUUGGUUAUAUUAUUCGAUAUGCUAUUCUUAUAUUCCCAAUUGUUAAUAUCCUCAAUGAAUAUCCUCUUGUUUGUUAUACCCUCGCAACAAACAUUUCUUCUACUCUUCCUAAAUCAUAUGGUGGUAAAUGGAGAAAAUAUGCAAUUAUAUCUUGUGCUGUCUUUCCACCAUUUGCUUUAGCUUGUCUUGUUGGGAGUGUUAAAACAAUAGCAAGUUUAACAGGUAUCGUCGCUUUUAUUCUCAGUUAUGUUUUUCCUUGUGCAUUUGUAUUAGCUUCUCGUAGAAUAUCAGUUGCAAGAAAUGGUAUAGAAGCAUUAAAGAAUAGAUUUUAUUCAUGGUAUUCUACAACAACCAUCGUU